CCCACCCUGUGUGUUACAAAUAGGUACAAACAAUUAAGCGCCCAUCCCCCAGUACACCUGCAUCCGCCCACUCGCUAAAUAUCCGACGCGACUUUUCGUCAUAAGACCGGCAUUUGAUUCGCUGACAACGUGGCAAUCACACACGGUGUCACAGCAUAUGCACAAGUCAUGGGGUGUUACUUUUCAUACAUGUGCUGCCCUCAUCGGCGUCCGAAACCCUCACACUUGUUGACACCCCGCCUCACGCAGCCUGAGCUUACUAGAAGCUUGGUGGCCAGAAUCCUCAUCUAUCUCCCUAAGUUCAGCUACAGGUCAAGGGAACGCAGGCAGUCUGUUUUUACCCGGUCGGCCCCGCUUUGGACAGUCUCACAGGCGGCAUGCCGGCUUUUGUAUACAGACCUCUUGAUCCGAACACUAAUUCCAUUCGGUUACUCAAAGUGUGUCCUGGAGAGCCGCAUGAGCCCCUCCGAUGUUUUCUCACACACGCAGAACUGCACGAACACCUUUUCUACCACGCACUGUCAUAUACCUGGUCUCCGGAAAGUGGGAAGUGUAGCAUACAAUGUAAUGGAGUGAACAUCGAGAUCGGAAAGAAUCUUGGGGACUUCCUACGUCGCUUUCGCUCCUGGAAUGCUGAUAAGAAUGAUGCUUUGUGGGUCGACGCUAUAGGUAUCAAUCAAGAUGAUAUCCAGGAGCGAAACCAACAAGUUACCAAGAUGUUUGACCUGUAUUCGACAGCUAGUUCAGUCAUCGCAUGGCUGGGAGAGACAACCCCCGAGGAAACUGUGGCGUAUCCUUUUAUACCCGAUCACCAUCCUGGUAGGCAGUGGACCCGAAAGGCCAUAAUAAACAUCCUCCAGAAGCCAUACUGGUGCCGCAUGUGGGUUGUUCAGGAAGCAUUGUUGCCACCGAUUUUGGAAAUCUGGCUAGGCGAGUACCGAGCAAAUGCAGAUGAACUGGGCCGCGCGAUCUAUUUGGACAUUUACGACAAACCGGAUAUUCCAGGCCUCAAACUUCUGAUAUCUCGGGGAGAAUAUCGAACCUAUAGAGACCCUAGGAGAUCCCGGUCGCUUCGCACUGGUUAUGACUGGCCACUAGAGUUUGAACUCCGGUGGUUAAUCGAAGAAUUCUCCGAGUCUCAAUGUAGCGAUAUCCACGAUAAAGUAUACGCACUGCUAGGUCUUACAUCGCAGAAUCACGAGACCGCGCAUCGUCUUAUUCCUGAUUACAACAUGUCGACUAAGCAGCUGUUCGUAAAGCUUCUGCAAAACCAAUGUGCAGGUGGAGAACCGGAUCUGUGGAAAGAGCGCGACUUUCUUAACCUGUUUCGUCGUGUGCUGGCACUAGAUCGUGAAGAGAUUGCAAGACACGCGCUUGAGGUGGCACCAGGUACUAGGGAUAGCAGCUUUGUACUCGCUCGAGGACUUGAGAUAACUGCAUCACUGCAAUUUCUCAAUGCCACAGACGUACUCUAUCUUCCGUAUCGGUACGAGUACUGGUAUCAUACUAGGAAAGGGGUCCAGCUUUCCUUACCACUAGAUGUCCAGAGGACAGUGAAGUCUUUUAACGCAGGACCCGAACGUAUGCGUGCUUUCAAAGACUUCUUCAGGUAUCGCUGGUUGGGUAGCCGGCUGGUAACUUCCAGUGAAGCCGCCGUGGCUUUGUCUCAAAGAGCUUUUAUCAACGCUCUUACCGAACAGUCGCAGCAUCGAGCGACUGAGCGCAACAGACACCAUCGAACCGAUCAUGGCAGCAUGUCAGACAUAAUGUCUUGCGCUAUCACCAAGAACACACAAGAAUGCUGGGCCUCGAUGCAGCAAGUUGCAGAGGAAGGCGACACUGGUGAGGCCACUCACCCCAUAACGUAUCUUUCGGGUGAACAAAUCUUGGCCAAGGGCACAAGACUUGCAGUAUUCUCCGGCGCAACGCAUCUGCACAACGCCCUAGUGUUAGAGGUAUACAAAGACUACCACCGUACCCCACCAGAGACGAGAUACGAAGUCCAAGGCAUUGCUUUUAUCUUGGAUUACGGAAGCCUCCAUGACCCAGCUCCAAGCAAGGACAUUCGCUUCAAAUAUUGUAAUCUCCCAAGUCUGAUGGACUUCCGUCGAGUGAACGUUCUAGAUGAGGCUCAACUUAGUACGAUACUGGGAACUGCGCUCGCAGCAGAGCGUGGUGAAAGAUUUACCGAGCCUGGGACGCUAGACGGUUUGAGUUCCUAGACACUAGCUUUUUAACAGAAAGUAGAUGCGGUGUCUUGAGUCAGCGACACCGUGCAAGAUCACCUUGAAGCAACGGAAGUAUCAAGAUGCGCCGGCUUAAGUCGAGAAUUCGAACGCUUGUCGUAGUUUGAUGGUGAACAUGAGCGCGUUAAGAUGUUUUAGACUACACAACUCCAAGCAUCACGCGCCCUGUAAGCUGUGGGCGCAAUACGAAUGUAUAAGCGCUUGUAACUGUCAGUCGGAUCGAUUGGAGGCGCAGCAGGGUCCUUGACCAGCACAUUCGCAU